AUGAUUUUAUUGUUUUUGUUCUCAUUUACUCUCUCCUCUAACAUUAUUCUUGAUAUAGGCAGCUUUAAUGUGAGGUGCUGCAAGUUUAAAUCAGAUUUUCAAGUCACUUUCAUUCAAAAUUUUGAUGGAUUAUUCGCAGUUCCAACAACAAUUUCUGUUAAAUACCCAAACACAGUUAACAUUACAGAAAAUAUUAAAUUGACGUAUGAUGAAGCCGAAAAAUCAUCAAUAACUUAUGGAAGGUUUGCUUUUCCAGAAACAAUUAACAAUAAUACAUAUACUGCCGCAUUCUUACCAUUUUACUUAGAUUCUGAUAUAGAAAAAUCUAAAAAAUUGUUAAAAACAAUACCAUUUAACACAACUUUAUUCGGUUUCAAUUUUGAAGAAACACUAAACAUAUUUAUGAACAGACUAAUUCAUAGAGCCUCGAAUACUGUAGAAAAUAUUAUUGUUUCUUUAAUAAUUCCAAAAUUUUUUACAGAAACCCAAAAAAGUUUACUAAGAAAUGCAAUUUCAAAUGCUAAAUUCAAAUUCGGAACAUUUAUUUACGAUGACGAUACAACUUGGAGUUCUUUGGCAUAUUUUUGGAAUUUUACAAAUCGAGACCGAAAUAAAGCAUCAGUUCUUGUAGAAGUCGGAGCAACAUCAAUACGUGUUUACACAGGAUACAUAAAACAAUCAGAAUCUACAAAAAUUGUUGAAAAAAUUUCAUAUAAAUAUUCUUGUAACGAAGGAGGCCUCUUUAUGACACAAAGGAUGAUGGAAUUCUUAAUGGAUAAGUAUAACUUACAAAAUUUGAACGAAUUACAGAAAAUUAAACUAUUUCAAAUUUGCGAAAAAAUUAAACUUCAAUUUUCAAAUUCUAACAAUACAAAAGACGAAAUACAAGUUGAAUACGAUGGAACAAGUCCAUUCAUGAAGUUUACUAUAACAAAAGAUGAAUAUUUGAGCUUAUUACGUCCAAUUAUUGAUGAAAUCGUAAAACUCGUGAAUGAAUCAACAGAAAACAUCAGUAACUAUUCACUAACAUUCUUUGGUGGCGCUGGUGAUAAUCUAGACCUUAAAUUAGCUGUUUAUAAAGAAUUAAAUCACGAAAUUGAAGAAUUUCCUAAAUUCACGGAUUUGAAGACAUAUGGUGCUGCAAACAUGAAAAUACAAAUGGAUGGAUUUAGAAUUGGUCAGCCAAUCAUUAAUUUUGGCUCCGAAAAUUAUAAUCCAAAAGAUUUGUAUAUUUCGACACCUGAAAGCUCUGAAUCUAUUAAACUAUAUGGUAGUGAUAUUAAAGCAACUCAUGAUGAAGUUUUUUACGAAAUUUCAUCAAAAUCAAAAACUUUUAUUUUACAGGAGCGUUUACAAGGAAAUGUGAGGUUUAUUAAGAACUGUAACUACACAUUUCGUGCAGAGUCUGAGAAAAUAAGAGUUUUUGUUGUAAAUGAUACAAUUUCAAAAAUUGAAGCUUUAACAACGAACAACACAUGGAAAAAGUUCGACUAUUAUAUUAAUCAGACCAAUAAAUCAUCAAAUCAGACAAUGCUGUACCUUAGUGACCCAUAUCUUGAAAAAUAUAAUAUGAAAACAGCCAAAAAGAAGCUAGAACAGUAUAUUUCGUACUUAACACAAAACUUACAGCAUCAGGAUUUCGUUGAAUGCUUCCCAGAGAAAAUUUCGGCUCUUAUUGGAAAUAUGUUGGAAAAAGCUCAAAGAUGGAUCUAUUUACAUGGAGAUAGUCAACCAGAUGAAUCAGAAUUUGUUUAUUUGUUAUCAGAAAUAAGUAAUUUGACUUCUAUUCCUUCACGAUUAUAUACUACUUUGCAAACAUUGCGAGAUAUUGAAAAUUUUAUUGGUGCAAUAAUAAAUUAUCAAAGAAUAGAAACGUCAUUCAGUGGAUUUUCAAAUUCAUCAAAUGUCAAGAAAUAUCGAGUUUUUAUCUUUAAUAAACUCAUGCAGGAGACAUCAAUGCUAUAUGAUCUGACUGAAAUUGCCAUUAAAUAUGCCAAAGAAUGCCGUUCUCCAAAUAAUAUAACAACAAUAAUUUUUGAUGCAGCAUCUAAGAUUUGGAUGAACACAAUGAGUUUAACUUUCCAUUUUGAGAUGAAUUUGAUCAAAAAAUUUACAAUAAUUGAACGAUUUAAGAUAUUUUUCCUUAGAAAGAACGAUGUUUAUGAAUUUUAUGCCUCAAAUUCAAGAAAAUGCAUAGAAGAUUUACAGAAAACGAUGAAACCAUUAUACCUGAAUGAGAAUAUUAAGUGGCCACUCGAUAUUCGAACUGGAAAGUAA